AAUAACUCCAGACACUGAUUCUGCUUUUCCACAGGAUUCUCUUCGGACAGCGCCCAUACUGGUGGGUCCUGGACACCGACUACUACAACAACACCUCUGUGCCUCUGAUAAAGCAGUUCCCAGUCACCUGUGAGACUGGACCAGGGAGUCCUUCCGGCCAUGCCAUGGGUACAGCAGGUGUAUACUAUGUGAUGGUCACUUCCACCCUCUCUAUCUUUCGGGGAAAGAAAAAGCCGACCUACAGAUAUCGGUGCCUGAACAUCAUUUUGUGGUUGGGAUUCUGGGCUGUGCAGCUGAACGUCUGUCUGUCACGAAUCUACCUUGCUGCUCAUUUUCCCCAUCAGGUUGUUGCUGGAGUCUUGUCAGGCAUUGCUGUUGCUGAAACUUUCCGCCACAUCCAGAGCAUCUACAAUGCCAGUCUCAAGAAAUAUUUUCUCAUUACCUUCUUCCUGUUCAGUUUUGCGAUCGGAUUUUACCUGCUGCUGAAGGGGCUCGGUGUAGACCUCCUGUGGACUCUAGAGAAAGCCAAGAGAUGGUGUGAGCGGCCAGAAUGGGUCCACAUUGACACCACACCCUUUGCCAGCCUCCUGAAGAACCUGGGGACCCUCUUUGGCCUGGGGCUGGCUCUCAACUCCAACAUGUACAGGGAGAGCUGCAAGGGCAAGCUUAGCAAGUGGCUCCCGUUCCGCCUCAGCUGCAUCGUGGCCUCCCUUGUCCUCCUGCACCUCUUUGACUCUUUGAAACCCCCAUCCCAAAUCGAGCUGAUCUUCUAUAUUCUGUCCUUCUGCAAGAGUGCGGCAGUGCCCCUGGCAUCUGUCAGUCUCAUCCCCUACUGCCUUGCCCAGGUCAUGGGCCAGCCAGACAAAAAGUCCUUGUAAGGAAUGUGGAGUCUUCGGUAUUCAAAGUCAAUGACUGUGACAACGAGUGAGGGCAACUAGCGAGGGCAACUAGCAUGUUCCGCCAGCCCACUUUGAAGCCAGAGGUGCCAGAGUCAACUCAGGUGACCCCCUUCCUCCUUUGCAAUUCUAAUUGUACUGGGUGAUGGUUUUUUGAAAAGCUAACAAGGCUAUUUGAAAAAGCCUUAUCUGUUAGAAGAUGGGUAGUUCUGGAUUUUUCCCUGAAGACGUACUUGUUCUUCUGUCAGAUACAAAAGCCAGACUCCCAGAUAGGGUCAGCUCACAUCCCAGGCUGGGGAUCCCACCUGAGAAUUUUCUACCUGUGCUUAUACUUAUCCAGCCAAGGAGAAAGGAGAAGUGGAUUUCAUAGGGAAAGAAGGAUGGAUUAAGAAGGAUUUUUUAGUGUCUUGCAUAUCAUGCAAAUUAUGUCAAGCAAUACCUAAAUGGCUUUGAUUAUAUUUAAAUCUUUAUGUAAGGGACUCUCAAUAGUGAGGGACCAACUUAAAGUAUAAUUAAUAGGUGGUAAGUGGGGAUAAUUCUGCUUCUUGUAUUUUUCUACUGUAUACCAGUGGUCAUUUUAUUUACUAGGAUUUCAGAAUGGCUGCAGUGACCUAGAUUUGUGCUAAAGUCAGAACAUUCAGGCAUAGUCAGCUUCUCCUCUAUCACACUAGAUCUUCCUCCUUAUUAGCCCAGCUCUGCUUUCCCCAGAAAUUUCCACUGGCUCCACACCCGACCUGUUGGAUGAUGAGAUGCCUAAAGGCAAUUCUGUGGUGGUGCUUUUGUAUGUUUCAGUUAAGAUCUAAAAUCUUGGGCAAAAAGACAAGCAAGGGGAAGGCAAGGAGAGGAAGCAAGGAUUCUCCUCCCCAGAAGGUCACUCCAAUGUUACUUUUGAUUCCUGAAGGGAAAUCUAUGACUCCUGUCUCUAGCCCAAGCCAACCAGGAGCACUUUCUUGGAGGGAAAGCCUCGUUGCCUGUUCUCCAGUCUCAGCUGAUUUGCAGAAUAUGUCCCUUAAAAAAAAAAAGCUGAAGCCUAUUUAUUUGAGAGCCUUUGUUUUUGCUACUAAUUAUAUGGUUCACCAUAUAUUAUCAUUCACACCAGCCAUCCUGGUCAUAACAUCUUUGAAGAGAAAAAUAUAUAUGUGCAGUAUUUUAUUAAAACAUUUUAUCUAAGAGUGAA